AGCUUGCUCAUCUGAUUCAAAUGGUUUUGGAAAAAGGAAAGAAACUCAGAAGCAUUCAUGAUUCAACAACCCAAAGCUGUUAUCACCAUUUGUUUUUGUCAUCGUCAAACCUAACCUCCUACAAUCCACUCCACGAUACUAACAAUCUAAAACUAUUACAACCAUUUGUCGUCGUCGUUGUUUAAUCGAAUCCUCUAAAAUCCACUUCCAUGAAACCCAACGAUCCAAAAUCAUUAACAUCAUGCAACCAUCUCAUUACUAGGAGCCCCCACCACUUCUCCACCAUUAACAUCACCACAACAAUUUCAACACCACACCUCCCUAUUGUGAAAGAAAAGGUGAAACAAAACUUUCGACGAUCUGGCCAAAUUGUGCCUCCAUGGCGUUGCGAAAUGACGAAGGUGUAGACUUCGGGUGAGACCGGCCAGAACAGGACAGAAACAGCGACCAUACAACGGAGAAGGAUUAGCAGAUAAUAUCUUAAAUUUUACACAAGACAAAUUAACCAACUACUACCUAUUACCCACCAAGCGAAACCCUUCUCAAGGACAAGAUUCCAUGGCUGCUACUGCUGCUGUAAUUCCCUCAACUGAGAAAGAUACAUGGAGAGCUCAUGGCGCCAUGGUUCUCGUUCAGUUGUUCUACGGAGGUUAUCAUGUUAUCACCAAAGUUGCCCUCAAUGUUGGAGUCAACCAGCUCGUCUUUUGUGUCUUUCGUGAUCUUCUUGCUCUCGUCAUUCUUGCUCCCGUCGCCUAUGUUCGUGAAAAAAGGAUCCGUCAACCUAUGACUAGACGCUUCCUCUUGUCAUUCUUUUUUCUUGGGUUGACAGGGAUAUUUGGGAACCAGCUUUUGUUUCUUAUUGGUCUUAGCUACACCAAUCCUACUUAUGCUGCUGCUAUACAACCUGCAAUUCCUGUGUUCACGUUUCUCUUUACUGUGAUGAUGGGUACAGAAAGAGUAAAUUUGCUCAAAACAGAAGGCCAAGCAAAGGUUGGCGGUACUCUCAUCUGUGUUUCUGGUGCCAUAUUAAUGGUUCUAUUCCGUGGUCCAGCUUUGUUUGGAAAUAAAAACCAAGAAUUCGUAGUGCAAAGUGAAAUAAUUGCAAGGGGUCAACCAGAGCCUGCUGGAUGGUUCAUGUCCAGCUUUUUGGAGAUUGGAUUUGGUCAGUGGAACCUUGGAGUUUUAUGCUUAAUAGGGAACUGUAUGUGCAUGGCUGCAUUUCUAGCUAUUCAGGCUCCACUUUUAAAGAAAUAUCCAGCCAGCCUAUCUGUUACAGCAUAUUCAUAUGUUUUUGGUGCUGCUUUGAUGGUAAUAACGGCAUUCUUUAUGACCAAUGAAUCAACAGAGUGGAGUUUGACAGAGUCUGAAUUGUUUGCAGUCGUCUAUGCAGGAAUUGUUGCAUCUGCUAUCAAUUAUGGACUCCUGACAUGGUCAAAUAAGAUCUUGGGGCCAGCUUUGGUUGCGCUGUACAAUCCACUUCAACCUGUUGCAUCUGCCUUUCUGUCAAGAAUUUUCCUUGGAAGCCCUAUUUAUCUGGGAAGUGUUUUAGGGGGAUGUCUUAUUAUUGCGGGCUUGUAUUUGGUCACCUGGGCAUCCUACAGAGAAAAACAAGCAUCUCAGAGGUUAAUUGCUCAUGUUACUCAGCCUUCAGAACCUCUCAUUCACAAAGACACAUCAAGUAACAAAGCUCCUUACCAGAGAGGACACGUUUUAUCUCCAAAAUCAAGAGACUAGAGAAAACUAUGAUGGGAUUUGAUGUAAAGUUAAUUUUCUUAAAGAAAAAUUACUGCUGUUGAAACAAUAUAACAGUUGUUGGAAGGACAGCUUGUCCAGUCUCCCUUAGAUUUGGAUGUUCCAUUGUUUUUUACUUAUGCCGUAUUCAUCCUUGUCUUCUUCAUAAUACCAACCGAUGAAUAUCGGUGCAUAUUAUUUUUCU